GGAACCAAAUUUUCCAAUAGGACGACGCAACCAAAUCAUUGACGGCCAUAACGACAUGCAGUAGCUUGCACAAGUCCUCGAGGCAGAACCGCAUGACCACACACACAGGACGACCUCUCGUCAGUCUCUCAGUCUCUCUCCCACUGUCCAACACUUUGCCCGCCAUUCUAACCUCCAAAAGGUCUCUUGCUUGCCUUACAAGAUGUCCAAGCCUUAUUUCGAAACCGUAAAGUCAUUCGCAGACGUUCCCAUAACAGACGAUGGCGUGGAUACCGCAUCUUUCCUAGAAGCCUCUAACGGCCUUGUUCAAUUAUUCGAUUUGCUUGGUUCUGGUAUUUUCGGAUUUGUGCAGUCUGAUAUAAGAGGAAACAUAGCGGGUGUACGUGCUCGGUACCAGAGCGCUUCUCCUCAGUCACAGACACUUGAGAGCCUUGUACGAAGCGAAAAGUCAGAAGAAAAUCACCAUGGGACUGCUUGUUUGGUUCGAUUGAUGCGCGGUUUUGCAUUUUUAUGCAACGCUCUACAGCAUAUGCAAAACGAUCCUUCUAUUGAGUUGCAUGUAUGCUUCAAGCGGUCGUAUGAUGAAGUUCUAAGACAUCACCACUCAUUUCUCAUACGAUCCAUUGCGUCUGUUGCUGUAAGGGCUGUACCUCAUCGUCACGAUUUCUACGCCAGAAUUUCGCAGGGAGGUUCGACGGAAAAACUAGACGUCGAACUCACCAAGUGGUUAGCAGGUCUUGCUCUCAUCGUAAAGCGCAUCAAGACUUUCUUAGAGGAUGGAGGUUAUGGAAGAGUAUGAUGUGACUGAUCCUCCCGGCAGAUACACGAGGAUCCCUAUUUUGGCACCUGAUUCAAUGGGUGUGUGACAGAUAUGACAAGUUGUAUGGAAGCAAAACGGAUGAGAAGCUUGAAAUAACACAACCUGAUGCUCAUU